AUGCCCUGUGGACAUUACCUGCACAAGGGCUGCUACGGCCUAUACAUGCAGACUGCCUACAAAUGUCCGUUAUGCGCCAAAAGUGCCGUCAACAUGGAUUUGCAAUGGCGGAAGUUGACCCAGGCGAUUGAGAGUCAGCCAAUGCCUGAGCAAUUCGAACACACUCGGGCGGUGGUCAAGUGCAAUGAUUGUUCGGCCAAGUCUUCAGUCAAGUAUCACUGGUUGGGUAACCAAUGCGGAUCUUGCGACUCGUACAAUACCAACGAGCUUCGUAUUCUCAACGGCCCCGAGAGCGAAGAAGCCGCCAAUGCGUUACUAGAGGCAGACACUGAAGUCGGCUCACCGCCUCGGGCUGCAGCCAACACAGGUUCUCCGUCCUCUCAAGCGCCGCUACGUUCUCCCAGGUAUUACUUUACCCCAGAUGAACCAGAAGAAACUUGGCUACCCGGACAAUUACCUUCUUUUCCGUUCCAGAUGCCGCGAAGACCUCGAAUGCCGCAGUUUCCCUCGCUCCCACCAUUCCCACCACUACGCAACCUACCUCCGUUUCCGCAGAUGCCAGAUGCAGCACAGCAAAUGGUGGAGCGACUUCGUAGAUCAUUUGAUGCCUAUCUGAACCCGACUGGAGACAUCCGGGCCGAGAACGUUCCUUUUAUCGAUUUGGGCGGUGAUGAUGGUCGUGAGCGUCGAGCGACGGACGGCACGACCGUUAGAGAACCCUCUCUCCCCCAGUACGUCUUGGAGCGAUUUACAUCCUCGCUGGCACGUUUUCGAAAUGAUCUCAACCCAGCUAUGGAAGAUAUCCCGGCAUUGGAUCUUUCGGACGAUCAUGACCCUGAGGGCCUAGAAUUUUGGGGCCAGGAUGGUGGCCGCUUGGACCGUUUCUUCUCCGGACACGGCGACGAUGAGUCGGACGAGAGCAGCAGUGAGGAAAGUGAGCACGAAGAAGAGGAAGAUGACGAGGAAGAGGAAGAGGAGGAGGAGGAGGAUUCUGAUGGGAGGGUGCGCAGCAAGGAGUGGAAUCUGCCCGGCCAUCGGUGA